UCAAAAUUCACACAGACACGCAAACACACCUUAAUAUACAGAGAAAAUGACGUUCAAACAUACCAAUCAUGUGUACGGCUCGUCGCCGUCGGCCCGGCGUAGUAGUGAAACGGCGUUCAAAGAUCAAACGGUGAAAUAUGAAAAGAAUCAAAAGAGAAUACCAAAACAGGACACAAUCCAAACAUACAUACAUACAUACCCCUCCUCCAUCAUCCCAGCUCCCCGCGCCAAUUUGAAGAAACGCGACGCGAGGGGCUGCGCCAUGUGGACGACAAAAACCCACGUCUGCAUCUCCCUCAGCUCUUUCAAUUUUUCAAGAAUCCCCUCUUUAUCAGCAGAAGUGGAGAUUGCAGUCAUGUUUGUCACAAAUGCGCCGCUUUCCGACAAAUACUGAGUGAAGAAUCCGAUCUUAUGAAUGGUGGACUAGCACGAAGCGGCCAGCUCUUCUCCGCCCACCCACCGCUUCCUUGACGAGCUCGACAUCGCCUACGUCAUCAAACACGCCGCCCUCUUCACCUCCACCAUCAUGAGCAAGCUCCUCGCCCGCCCCAACGUCAAGCUCUUCAACGCCGUCGCCGCUUUCUGAUCUCAUCGUCAAAGGCGGCAGAGUCGCCGGAGUUGUCACAAACUGGGCCCUCGUGUCGAUGAACCACCGGCCCGGUUUGAUAUCUUCUUUUGAUCAAACGGCUGGUUUGCAAGGAGGAUUUUGAGAUUGGAGAGAAGAUGAUGAAAAAAUAAGAAAGCUCUCUCUCUCUCUUGUAAGAGAUGGAGACGCUCCUCCUCUCCUACCUCUGAUCAUUUCUACGCUUUUCCUGACUUUUUCUCUCCGAGAAUGGGUUGUUUUCUUCGAUGCUUCGGUGGUGACAAGGCUCAGAAACGCCACAAACAUCGGGCCAGCCCUCACCGCCAAAGAAACAGAACACAAAAUGAUCAGCUGGAAAACAAAAUCACUGCACAACGGUCUGUGGCAGAAACUAACCCUGCUAACUUGCUCUUGGAGGUUUCGGAGUUGGGGAAUAAACCUGAGGUGGUGGAGCAAGGGAGCCAGGUCCCAAGCCCCAAGAAGAGUCCGAGCGCGAGUCCAAGGAAAAGAGUUACAUUUAACUCAAAUGUCAAGACAUAUGAGCAUGUUCGAGUCCAUGACAGCAUUGAGUCCUUGCCAGGGGGUGUGGCUGAGGGAGAGAAGCAGGAAGAUUUGAAAUCACCAAGUCAUUCACACUCACUAUCUAAAGAGGAUGAUUCUGUUACAUCCAGUGUUGCAUCUUAUCCUCCAAAUCAUAGGUAUCAUAAUGCCAGAGAAAGUGACGAUGAAGCUGAAGAGUAUGGUGAUAGCGAUUUGGAGGAUUUGGAUAAUGAAGAUGACAAUGGAGAGGAUUACUACUCCGAUGAAGAAACGAAUGCUAGAUUUCCUGGCCAUCAAGUGUGGUCUGAACCUGUUGUAACUGCAUCAGUGGAGUCGAGGACAGGAAGCUCUUCACCUCCAGCCACGAGGCAGGAAGUGGAGAGUGUGAUGGUGAAAACUCAGCUGCCCGACGAGGAAGCCAAGGAAUUUGGGUCAAGAACCAAUGCCAGAGACAGAAGCGAUUAUAUCAAUUCAGUGCUCAACCCUGUUGAGAAUAUUACUCAAUGGAAGGCUGCAAAGUCAAAAGGGACAGUUGUAGUGAAGCCACAGAAGGAGAACUUUGAGGCUCCUCAUAUGUCAUUUAGCUCAGAGCCCAUAUAUGGGCAGGCGCCCUCUAGUUUCAAGGCAAAGUCUCAUCAAUCGAAAAAUGCAAAUCAAGAAACAUUGGUUGAUGCAAGUCUUUCAAAUUGGAUAGGUACUCCUGAAGUUGCAACCUCCAAGAAGACUAGUUUUAGUGGCUUCGAGACGACCCCACAGACGACCACAUCAGAAGGCUGCUGCACUUCUCCGAUGAGCUUUGAAGAUAGGCCAAUAUUAGGCGCAUUGACAGUUGAAGAGCUGAGGCAAAUCUCAUCAUCACCAUCCCAGAGGAAGUCUCCUAGUCGAAGCCCUGAUGAGAUGCCCAUUAUAGGGAGUGUUGGUACCCACUGGAAUGAUUCGGGUUCAGCAAAGCAUUCUGGUGCAGCCGCAUCUUUUAAAGGCAUACCAAACACAACCAGCAAGUACAGAGAGGAUAGGACAGUUAAUUGGCACUCCACUCCUUUCGAAACGAGAUUGGAUAGAGCUCUAAACAGAGGUGCUGCAUGACAGCAUGAUCUUAAUUCUAUGGAAGCAAAUCAAGUGUCUAGAACUUUUUCGGUCCUUUCGGUUCCCUUCCUCACGUCUGAGAAGUUAGUAUUCUGUUUGGGAAUGAAUUCCUGUAGUGUUUUGUAUGCAUACUUAAUUGAUUUUUUUCUUCCAUGAAUUCGAGGUUGUAAUACAAAGGCAUUGCAUAUGUGAAAUGGAUUGAUUGGUUUGUUUUGAGCA